CACGAUGGUCAGCCGUCGAGUAUGGACGUGUGUCGUACUAGUAUGCACAAUAAUAGCCAUCAUGAUGGCGAGGUCUUAUGCACAUCUCGCAGCCAUUGGCGAUGGAGAAGAAGGCAUAUGGAACACCUGGGACAUGAUGCAAGAGGAGAAGCUUCUCCUUCCCAGCGGUUCGCUCGAAUUCGUCCGCCAAGCACCGAUCGUAGCUCAAGUGGGAAGGCAUGACUCCUUCUUGCAGCAACCGCGUCCUUCGUCCAAUGCGCUUUCAGUGGAGUCAAUGCACCAGCAUUGCAACCACUUGUCAUCGCAGGUUAGCCAAACCACAGCCGCCAAUCACUGCUGGACGACACUCUUCGACCUGUUUCCGGCGACGCCAUUUCAAGUGCAUUACGAUUAUGCCAAGUACAUCGAGCAGAAAGGAGCUGACACGUCAACUGGUGAUGUGAUCGCUGCGUACGAGCGUGCACUGGCCGUCAUGACAGAGCCGACGUCGUUGCUGUCGUUGGACGCCAUGAACAGACUGGGAUUGCUUUGGCUAAAGCAGUCCCGUCCUCACAUAGCGAUCGACAUAUUCCGCCAGAGUCUUCGGUGGCAUCCGUUCGAGUGUGCGUUGUACGGAAAUCUGGCCAGUGCAUACCUCGAGCUUGGAAAUGUCUCGGCCGCUCUUGCCGCCGCCACCACGUCCAUCGUUCGUCGCUGACUCUUCGAUCGUUCCACAUCUAACUGAGAUUUCUUGCGUACAUAGUCAUUGGCACCAGACAACGCAGCUCUGCACCAUAACAUUGGAAACAUGCACCAACAGGCUGGAGAUAUGAAUGCCGCCAUGGCACACUGGCAGAAAGCCGUCGACGCCAACCCCCUUGUCCCGAACCCUCUGUUUAGUCUUGGGAUUGCUGUGGGCAACCAAGGGCACACUCGAACAUCAACUGCGUACUUUACCCAAGCGAUCAUUCUCGCCACUCAACACGCCCCCGACCUCCGAGAUAUAGCUCGCAUACAGCAUGCCACGUCAUUGCUUCCACGAGUAUAUGAGUCCACCGACGAGAUCGUCCUCGUUCGCCAUCAGUUUCAAGCGGCGUUGGACAGUCUCUUGGCCGACAGUCCACUGAAUCUAGGCCACAACCCGAUUUACACUACAGGGUGUGGUUCGAUGGGGUAUUACUUGGUGUACCAAGGCGGGGUGAACAAACCGCUGCGGCGCCAACUAGCUCAGAUCUAUACCCUCAGCAUGCCAGCGUUAGGCUUUGUAGCGCCUCACGUUCUAGCUAGCCGCCACCAAACGUUUCAAUUCCCACACACAAGUCGCUACGUCCGGCACCCCCCCCAGCCCCCAAACGAGUCUGGCUAUUCAAGUAUCUCAUUAACUCGACGCAUUCGUGUGGGGAUUCUGUCGUCGUUCAUGUAUCACCAUUCGGUGGGGCUGUUGAUGCAAGGGGUGCUCACACGACUCUCCAACGCCACGUACGAGCUCGUGCUACUGCGAAGUCGACCCUGGCAACACGACCACGUCUCGCGCCAUGCGGCUGCCCACAUGAGUCAGGACAUUCAACUGCCCACCGAUGUCUUUCAAGCCCAAAGGGUGGUAGCCGCCCUCGAACUGGACAUUCUCGUCUUCACCGAGAUUGGCAUGGACCCGGGCACGUAUUUUUUAGCCUUUUCAACGCUCGCGCUUCGGUCCGUGUUGUUCUGGGGCCACGCCAUCACGUCUGGCCUGUCGACGGUCGACUAUUUCAUCACGUCCGACUUGUUUAACUCGAAUCCAGAUGAGUUUACCGAAACGCUGUACCCCAUGCAGUCGCUGACGACUCUGUUCCGUCGCCCUAAGUUUACAUUUGACCGGUCGUUGCUAACAUUUUUACCUACAAUCGAACCGCACAAUGUACUCUUCGUCGUUCCUCAAACGCUGUAUAAACUCCAUCCAGACAUGGACGCCAUCCUUGCAGCCAUUUUAACUGGCCUUCCCCAUAGCUACGUGGUGCUGCUUGAAGGCUCCGUCCCCCACUUGGCCACUCUGAUCCAACGCCGCCUUGGCCGGGUGCUGUCGCCCCAAGACUUGCACACUCGUGUAGUGUUUGCUCCUUAUCUAUCCACCGACGCCUUCCUCACGCUCUGUCAAGUCGCCGACGUGGUGUUGGAUCCGUUUCCAGUGGGCGGGGGGCGCAGCAGUUUGGAGAUUUUUUCCGUGGGGACCCCCGUGGUCGUCCAUAGGAAUCGCACGUCAAUUGUGCAACUGACAGCCGCUAUGUACACCAAGAUGAACAUCACAACGUGUUGUGUCGCGUCGUCCGAUGCUGCCUACGUGGCCAUGGCGAUUCACUUGGGCUCGAACACUUCCUACCGUGAUGAACUGUCCUCGCUGAUUCAACGGCGCAGUUCAGUCCUGUACGACUCUGAUGCCGCCACUGUGGCCGACGUUAUGAACGACUGGGACCAAUGCUUGCACACGAUCUUGGCCAUGCCACCGCCGCCAUCCAACCGUUCUCAACCUACACCCGUGAAUCGGCUGGGCUUUCGCCUGCAAGUAGCCGGACAACCGUCGGUCGAAGUCGUCUUGCGGUCGAAUGAUGAAGAGCCCGCGGCAGUUGCGGCGGCCGUUGCGGCCUCGCACAAGCUCGAGCCAUUGCACCAGUAUUACAUCCAAACCUUGCUCUUUAAUGGCCUCCAACGAUGGAGGCAGCAGUCGCCCCAAGUUGCCAUCUCAGCAGAUGUCUUUCCGGGCAUGACGCCGCCCGUGGACGUGUACGUGGGGGAUGAUGUAGCGCUAGCAGUGCAUGUCCAUCUCUGGCGCUAUAAGUAUCGCAUGUCUGGCACAGAGCUCGGCCACGUCAUAGCGUCGAUUCGAAGUGCCUUGAAUCACGCCGACGAAUCAACGUUGUGGAUUGCGGCUCGGGGGGCUCAGUACCCCCCUCCCCCUCCUACUCCCCCUCUUCGUUCCUUUAUUGCACCAUUAGUGUCUCACCAGACUUGCGUCACCGUAGUCGUCACCACAUGCAAACGGCUGUCAUUGUUCUUGGCCACAAUGCACAGCUUUCUCCCGUACGCAGCAACAUCGUCCGUGUGCAUGCUUCUUGUCCUGGACGACCAUUCGUCUGCCGCCGAUCGCCGCGUGAUGCAAGACACGUUUCCAGCAGUCGAAUUUGUGUUUACCCGUCGAAAAGGCCACGCGCACUCGCUGAACACGAUGCUCGAGCUUGUGACCACUCGAUUCAUGCUGUACCUUGAGGACGACUGGCGGUGGGAGCCGUCGCUUCCCCACCACCCCCUCGCCCACGCCCUAGCCAUCUUGGAGCACGAUCCAACCAUCGUUCAAGUCCUAGUCAAUACCCAACACAGCGGGUGGCCCCGGCGAUUGCCGACGACAGACGACAGUUCAUUCGGACUGUACUUUCGCCAUGAAUAUGGAGUUGUCGACCACGCGUUUGGGUAUUGGCCGGGGUUCUCGCUCAACCCAGGUGUGUGGGACCUCAAGAGACUAAGCCGAUGCCCCGCCUUGCGAUUCAACGAGUCGUCCGAUGUGUUUGAGCGAGAGUUUUCACUGGCCGUGUGGCGGUGUGGACUGCACGUUGCCAUGUUACCGUAUACGACAGCAGUGCACAUUGGCACGAACGGGUCGGCUUAUGUGCUCAAUGGCUUACCACGUCGAUUUGACUGAUUCGGGCGUUAGUUCUAAUGUCUUCGUUUCAACGGCAAAGUCAUUCUAUUACGAUCAGGAAGGCAAUCUAUUAAAC